UAUGUAGUUUCCAGACCCUACGUUCUAUUGCGUAAUACAAUUGACGCAUGCGUGAGAGAGUUCGUACGAGGUUGCGUAGUUAUUUUCGCAUGGUCUCUACCCUUGCGUUUCCUUCUGUAGAUUUUCAUUUUAAGUAUGAACUACGGAGACAAAGGAGGUGGCCCUUCUGGGUAUGAUCCGAGCACAGGAUAUUCUGGUAAGAAAAUGAGUCAGUUUUUUCCAUGAUUUAACUGAAUCCAGGACAAUCGACCAAGCUAGGAUGCGCCUUUAGGCACGCUUGUCAAAUCCAAAUUUCCCUUUUAACUUUCUGUUGUAAAUUUGAUGUUGUUUAUACGUUGAUGUGGAUUUUCCGAAACUAGGCGAUCUAGAAUGUGGAUGUUUGUUUCCUUCAACCUGUAGUCGUUUUCGAGUGUGGCAAUGUGGGGUUGGUUACCUUUUACCGGGUGUAUUUCUGCAGUAAUAUUUAUUAACCGGCGAACGAUAUGGGUUGAAAAUAGCUCUGAUUACUUUCUUACUUUCUGCAUUUUAACCGAGCGAGUUGAGUUAAAUUUGGUUAUCAUAAAUUGGCAUGACUGUAAAAUGUCCUCUAUGCCAGAUAAAAUCAUCAGGUUAGCAAUUUCCUUUCUAAAAUUCAAACAGGUAGUGUGUUACGUCACAGAGACGAAAAAUAUCGGCAAGCACGAGCAAAUAGUUUCCCCGAUCGACGAUAAAUAUCUUCAGCUUACCGUAGUAUUCUAUAGGAAAUAUUUAUUUCGGGUCUUACUGGAACCUCUACGGGAUCAUACACUGUACAUCUGAGUAGUAUCUGAGCAGAACUCGUAAACUGUCGGUGAAAUGACUUCAAAAAGUGGUGCAUCAGACAUGAAAUAUCUGGAAAAGCUGUCGUGAUUUUGGUUAAAUUGCUUGGCUGGUUGAUAAAUGAUACCUUUCAGACAGUAUUAUAGGAGAUAUAAUAUUUUUAUCAUGUGACAUGCAUGUGAUGGGUCACAGAGGACAAGUGUUGAUUUUUUUUGCCUCUGUCCAUCCUUUGGAUGGCAAACGGUAUCUUGAAGAAUUCUGGAUUUGGUGAUCUUUUUAUUCAAUCUCAUGAACUUGUCAGCCUUGGCAGUGAGCAUGAAAGUGGAGUUUUGUGUGCAUUUUAUUUUGGUCUGGCAUUUCUUUCACAGCUUUCUACCUUGUGGGAACUGUUUGUACAGCCCUGGUAUGAAAGCUGUCAUUUGAAAAUAUUACAAUUUAGAUGCUGAAAUAUAGUAAAAGAGCUACAAAGAAGAGAAUUACAGCUCUCAUACAACAUUUUCUGUAAUAAAUAGUUCCAUACAAUAAUACUGGUUAUUAAGUUUUGGUCUCAAACUUUCAGACAAGGCUCUCUGCCUCUCAGUAGUCUCAGAUUUUACUAUUUACCACUCCUCGUGUCUUGGUUUCUGUUUAGAAUUUCCCCUCACAUAUAUUUCCAGAUUUUUGUUUUCAAUACAUGAAUGCUUUUCUUGUUACUUUUUUUUUUUAGUGAACAGGGGAGCAGGAUUGUCACCAUAUUUGAAUAUUGAUCCAACAUAUCUAAAUCAGGUAAAGGGUGUUCUUUCAUGAUAAGUUAAAUCUUUUUUAUUUGUUCUUACCUGAGAUCUAUUGGAGGAUGAACACAUAGAUGACUUCGCCAUUAUCAGUAAUAAAAUUUUGCUUUUUUUAUCAUAUAAAACAAAUAGAUUCCAUGUUGUCAUGGGUUUGUACAGAAGCCAUCAAAAUAUUGUAAAAACAUCAGUGACACCCUUGGCUGCACCUUGUGCAUCACUUUUUUGUUCUUACUGCAUUUUGACAUCAUCUGUGAUCUUUUACUGAACAGACAUGCAUCAACACAUCUGAGUUGAGACACCAGCAUGGCAUCAACAAUAUUGUAUUUCCUGAUUGCCACCCACUUUCAAACACAUUGUAAACCCUUAAUGAGCUAAAAUACUCUACAGUGGUGUAACUCUUAUACUGAAGCUUUUAAUGUCAAUUUAUUUUCAGGGGGGUGCAGAGUUUGUCUUUCCUUCAGACAGUAAAAAGAAGAGAAGUUUGGGCGAACAAAUGUUUACUGGGGUUGGAACAUCAUACAUGUGUGGUAUGUUUGUUAAGACUUUCACACUACAUUUCCCACAGAUGCUUGCAAUAAGCAGCAGGAGAAGUUGGGUUGAACACUUUUGAGUAUUACCAGUACCCUCAGAGCAAACUUAGACGAUACAUACACGUACCAAAUUCUACUUCAUAGUUUUUUUCUUUCAUUCAAUUUUAUUGUCAACUUUCAUUUUUUACAAAAAACAACAGUUUUUCACUUUGAUUUUGGUUUAACACAGUAAGUGUAACAAGUUAACAACUGGAGCUGCAUGCAGUUAACCCUUAAACUCUGUAAACCUCAAGAGUGACUAGUAUCUAAUUUCUCCUUACAAUAUCUCCCCUGAAUCACACAUGGAGGUCAUGAGAAGAAAGGAAAUGAUCACCAACUAAAGAAGCUUUUGAUUGUUAAACAAAUUAUCUUUGUCAGGAAAUGUAUUAGAGACCAGUGUGAAGAAUAUGCAUACUGAUGUUAGGGUCAUGCUCCAAUACAACACUGUUGCUACAGGUUACUUUGUUUUGGUCUUUGGGCAGCUUAAAUAUCUGUGUUGUUGUGACUGAUAGUAAGAGCUUGGCACUCCUGGUUUUUAAGGUAAACAGUCACAGCACCCAGUUACUUUUUGUAGUGUAGUAGGAAAAAAGGUUAUUUUGUUUUUUCUCUCUCUUGUUAGGGUUGGCUGUUGGUGGAACAUGGGGUCUGUAUGAAGGUCUGCGGAAUCCAGAUGGAAAAACUAUGAAGCUUAGAAUAAACAGGUCUGGCUUCAAAUAAGUUUGAAUUUAGUUUUCUUCCUUCCCAAGUGACAAACCUUUACACUUAUUGUUUAGAGUCUCAAAAAAAAAAAGUAACAAUUUAUUUGUCAUCAGUAAAUUUUCACCUGAGUGGAAAGUAACCUACAAUUGUACUUGUUUAACUGUACUUCACUCUCUUAUUGGUCGUGAAAACUUCCACUUUCUCAACCAAAGAUAUGCAAAACUAAAACCCAAUCUUAACUUGAAUAAAGGUGGUGAGUUUCAUAAGAAACUGUGGUGCUGUGUCAGUGGAGGGGUAUUACAAGAUAAGUUAUCAACUGAGUUGGUGACAUAAAUGAGCCACUGUAAAGAAUUUCUAAAGCUGAUGUUUUGAGUGUUGGCCCUUGGUCAGACUUGGUCACUUUUUUCAAAAGCAAACUGCUACAGACAGUUUGCUCUGUUUAACUCAGCCUCUCAUUUUCAGUCACUUGGAUUGGCCAAUUUGUUUGUUCCAUUAAAUUUGUUUCUAACUCUCAUCUUUAACUUAUGAAUUAUAUUGUUUAGUGUGUUAAAUGGUUGCACAAGGAGAGGUCCAUCAUUUGGAAACAGUUUAGGAGUUAUAGGUAAGGCAAAUACACAUGUAACUACUAAGAGUAAUUGUAAUUGUAAAAUAAAUCCAUCCCCAGGGCUCUAAGCUCAUUUCUUAUCAACUAAGCCAUUUGGUGACUUAAUGGUCAUAAAAUAACAAUUAGACAUAAACAUUUCAAGGAUCAAGACUCAACCCUUAGACCCGUAAGAGUGACAAGCAUCUAAUUUCUCCUUACAGUGUCACCCUAAAUCACUCAAUAAGUUAAUGAGAAUAAUGAAAAUGAUCACCAACCAAAGAGGCUCUUGAUUGUUAAACAAAUUCUCCAUGUCAGCACCUUAGGAAAAUGUACAGAGAACAGUAUGGAGAAUAUGUAUACUGAUGUUUGAGUGUGAAGGGUUAACCUAUCAAGUUCCAUUGAUAACCUUUUGUUUUUCUUGUUCACAGCUGUCAUGUACUGCAGUUUAGAGGCAUUAAUUAGCAAGGUGCGAGGAGGAGAGGAAGAUGAGUUCAAUUCCAUUGGUGCUGCUACUCUUGCGGGAAUGAUUUUUAAAUCAACGGCUGGUUUAAGGCCCAUUGCCAUUGCAGGUGCUGUGGGAGGAAGCCUGGCAGCAGGUUAUCAUUUUGGACAAAAGCUACUGACUAGCAGAGGACACACAAUCUCGACACCUAACUGGGCAUAGCCCUCUUGUCGAUCUAUGUUUUUCUUCUCUGUUGCUGUGCUUUGAACCUUGUGCAAAUAUCAGGAAGUGAGCUGAAAGUGGCAUUUAAUUGUUGCACCAAGGAAAUACCAAGGAGAGAGGACUUUGUUAUUAUUAUUAUUUAUAAUAAUUUUGCGUGCUAUGCAAUUUUGAGGGCAUCUGUUCCAAAGACAUUAAGGUCAGCAUUCAAAAACAAAAACAUUACAACCAGAACAUUAACAAGCCAGAAUUUAUCCUGGAAACUUGUGGAGACAUACAAUACCAUGGAUGUUGCUUAUGAACUGAAUGUGCAGUUAUGCAACAUAUAUAUGACCGAGAUGACGACAAGAACGUUGUACAGAGGGAGGACUACACUGGGUUUUAAUUGCCACAUAGCAGAAAUAAAUAGUGUAACAAAUAAAUAUCUUUCCAGUUAAAAGAAAAAAAGUUGACUUGCCGGUCAUUAGUGUGUUCAAUCUGUUUUCCAUAUUGCAGUGUUUCUUUUUUGAGGUGGUAACCAGUAAAAUUUUUAGCCUAUGUAGUACCUCCUAUUACUGUGUAAAAUUGCUUUGAAUUCUUGAAAAUGCAGCAGGUAAAAGGAUUGCCCCACCAGUUUGAAAAUACCAACAACCAUUAAAAAUACUUCGCAAUACUAUACACCAAAACUUAGGUAGGUAGGAAAAGUAAAUUGGGUAGAAAAGCACAGCAUACACAGAAAACUGGUUAAAUAGGUUUUAUUACAGUACAAAAUAACCAACAAUGACCUGGCUAGGUUUUGAAACCAGACCUCUUGACCUAAAUACCAGGGCACAAACCAUUGAGACACUGUAUCUCCCACUACUGUAUUUCAUAAAGCUAGGUUUAUCUAUUUCAAAAUUAUUGAGAAACACCUUGACCCUUCAAAUCCCACAAGUGACCAAGACAGAAUUUUCCCUCACAAUAUCAGUACAUUAUCAAUCAGACUAUUGAAGAGCUUAAUAAAAAAAAAACAAGUAGGUGAUUAUUAGUUGAUCCAACACAAAAUUCUCAGAACUAAAAUCAUAAGAACUGCAUGGCAAACAGUAUGGAGAAUCACUAAUGAGAUCUUGGGGAAGAAAGGGUUAAACAGCAGAUGCAAUAUUCAUAUUUUACCAAACUGCAAGUAGUUAAUACAUUGAUUAUUCAUUCCAUUCUGGAAUAACUACAAGUGACUUUGAGGUUAUUAUUUUACAUGAUGUGUGAUAUUGUUAUGCCUGGAAAGUCAAUCACAAAUUCACAACAGGAAAAUUAACCCAGUAUAACUGAUCAAUAAC